AUGGGAGAGGAACUGAAAUUCCAGCGGCUCUGGGAGUUUAGGAGGGGAAACAGUGAUUUUGAUUCUUCAACAGAUGAUUGUAAAUCAAGUUUAGGUGGUGAGCCAGCUUGCAGUAAGAGCACACUAGUCUCCUGCAUGGUUCCUGUUGGUAAAGAUGAAACUAGUAAGGCUAGUAGAUUUCAGCAGAAGGGCAACAAUGAGCCUUGCAUUUCAGGUCAAUUUGAAAUUGGGAAAGCUGAAAAAGGGAAAGAAAGAACAAGUAAAAAGGAUAAUGAAGAUAAUGAAAAGAAAAGGGGAUCUCGUAGUAGAAAAAAAGUCCCUCAAAAGAAGAGUAAAACUACUGCCAAUGGGGGUGCUGCUUUGGAUGAUCUCAAUAACUACAUGAACUCUUUGUUGGAAGAACUUAAAGUGACCAGAAAGAAUUUGUUAUCAUGGAUGAGGGAAGAAAUGGAGAAAUUAAUGGCAGAGGAGAAAGCUUCUGAGUCAGAAAGUGAAGAAAUCAAAACCCAAUUGCAGCAUCAGAACAAUCUUAAGGACAAUGCACAAGUCCAGUGCCAGAACAUCUUAGGGAAGGACAUCCAAGUUCAACAUCCAAGCUUCUUUGACGAGUGUGGCCAAGGAAAUCACCAAAGCAAGUUUGAGGAAAAUGCGCACUUGCAGGACUUGACCAACUUGGAGGACAACCCUGGAGUGAUGUCUCAAAAGAACUCCAAGGAAAAGGCUCAACUGCAGCGUCAAAAAAGGGCCCGAUCUUGUCCUGGAACCAGAAAUUCCAAUGGUAUAUCUUUUGAGAGAUUUGGUAACAAGAAGAAAUCAGCUGAUUCUAAUAAUUUUACUCCAGCACUUGAAGAUCAAGUUGACUAUAGCCAAGAAAUUGUGCUUGCGACACCAUCUGACGAGAAUGGAGAAGCGAGAGUGGCUUUCUCUGAAAAGUCCAAAUCCAAGUCCGGCACCUCAGACCAGAAUGAGCAAGUGCAACAGCAGAAGAGCAUUGUGUUGGCCUUAAGGGCACAGAAAUGCAAUAGCAGAUCCCCAGUGAAGAAUGCAAAAGGAAAAAAAGCUGCUAAUUCUAAUAAUCACCGUCAAGUACCUAACAACCAAGUUGAUUACAAUCAAGCUAUUGAAUCCAUUGCCUCAGCUGAGAGGGACAAAGGAGAAAGAUCAGGAUUCUAUGUGGAGCCAAAUUUUUCAUCUGAUUCCUUCAAUCAGGUAGCUUCAUCAAUGUACUUAACAAUACCAAGUGUGCUAACGAAGGCCCCUAUUUUAAAUCAUAGGCCUGAUACUUCUUCAUUUAGCUAUAUGCAACCAAGAAUUGUCCAGAAUCAAAUAGGCAUUAAUUCAGAAAGAUCAAAUCUAAUAAUGAGUUCAACUAGUCAUCUUGGAUACUUUCAAGGCAUGCAACCAGAAGAAAGUAGAUACUAUGGUCAAAUGAGUUCUAGAGAUAUUGGUUGGUUCAACCAGAACGAUACCACAAGUUCAAUUGUGGGAAGUGGAUUUACGGUUCCUCUGCAGGCUGUAAGUGGUGGCUUUAGCAUUCCAACUCAAUUUGACUCGGAAAAUCCACCCAGAGAGAACAAUAACACACUGGGUUUGACGAUGAAUGGAGGAGCUGUUAGGUAUUCUGAGGGAGGCUACUCUUCACCAGAAACUUACAUUGCCAAUAACUUCCAUAGCAAUCCAAAUUAUAGAGCUGAGGGCAGACUAAUGACAUAUCAAGACAGUUGUAGAUUCCCAAAGUAGCUAGGUAUGUACACAUUUAGAAAUGGAUAAGAGACUAAUUCAUUCAA